AUGCCGAAUGGCGGGAAAUGUUCGAUCAACGUAUCCGUUCUCCUGCAACAAUUCCAGGACCAAGGUAUUGACGAGCCUGACUAUAUGGACGUUCUUACUGCCAUGCAGGACGAAUGCUUGCCCAACAAUCCUACCGCUCUCCGACGCGAGAUUUGGGACGAUUUUCCAGAGUACAUGGAGCCCAAUCGUAUCCUCAAUCUCUAUGUUCCGCCCAUUCUGCUUGUCCUAGGGACCAUUGGCAACCUCUUGACAUUCAUCAUUAUGUCUGGGAACAUGCUCAAAGCUAGUACCUACAGCUACCUCGCCGUGUUGGCAAUAAUGGACAUUUUGGUUUUGUACGUUGGUUUGCUCAGAAUGUGGGUCGGCAGUUUUGCAAUAGACAUACAACAUGCUUCAAAUUGGUUGUGCAAGCUGGUUACAUUCCUGGGAUACGUGAGCAGCGUAACGUCGGUAUGGCUGAUAAUUGCGGUGACGAUUGAACGCUUCAUUGCCGUGAAGUUUCCUUUACGUGCUCCUAGGAUAUGCAAUGUUUACAGAGCAAGGGUUGUUAUUUUGGCAAUAGUGGUUGCUACAUGUCUUCUCAAUAUGCAUAUUAUAUGGACGGUAGAAUUACAGACAAAAGAUCACAACGGCACACUAACUUCUGAAUGUGAAGCCAGUCAGUUGCAUAGGGUUCUCGUGAUGGAGGUCUGGCCUUGGGUAGAUGCUGCCGUGUAUUCCCUAUUUCCGUUCGUUAUUAUUUCGAUCCUCAAUGUCCUGAUAGUCCGGUGUGUUCUCAGUGCCCGCAAACAACGCUCCCAUAUGCAAAACUUGGGUGGAACAACAAAAUUCCUGGCUGUCAACAAACAACAAGGAGGUAAACGGCCGAACGAAAGCAGCAAAAAACUCACCUGCAUGUUGUUAGCAGUUUCCUUCACAUUCCUCAUCACCACGCUUCCUAUGAACAUCCUCCUACUUGUGAGAGCAUUUACCGAAGAAAAAAAUAAGGAUCUAAACUCCCAUGAGUAUAAGAAACAGUUCGCUCAAAUGACGCUCGCCAGGACCAUUGUGGAAUUGCUCAUGUAUGUAAAUCACAGUGUGAACUUCUUCCUCUAUUGCGCAACAGGGAGGAAAUUUCGCAGGGAACCCCGUUUCAGACCACAGUGGAGAAAACGGGAUAAACGUGAGACAGCGCGUGGGAACGAGAUAUGCAAACGUGACAGACUGUUAUUGCCGUGCAUGCCGGGCCAGAAUUUUAAACUGUCAAAAUAUUUGCCACGGUAG